AACACGAUGUUUGCGCAAUCUUUGGUUUCGAGAUGUUAUCUUUGUUAUUGCUCGGAUUUUCAACAGCUGUAGCUGUGUGUUGCAAUCUGUUUUGAUAUAGAAGUUGCACAGGAGAGUUUCGAUUCAGUUAUUUCCUAUAUUUGUCAAGUUGAAUUUCGCAAAUUCAGCUGGUUUUGUGCAACUCUUCAACAUCGAAUUUCUACGGCUUCAGACGCACGCUUGGAAUGACCUGUUAAAACUCUGAAAAUGCCGUGCUACUUAUAAUUGUGGUAAAAAGCAGUGAAACGUGACAAAGAACUGCAGCUGAUGACAGUUAUAUGUCGAGUUUAAGUUUGUGUAUAAAGAAGGAGAACUAGGAAAAACCUUGCAUUUCUGCAGGUCGAGGUGUCGCGUAAAGGUUACAGCGAAAUAUUGAUAUAUUCAGCUGAUUUUCUGUGAGGUUGAAGCCACCGUUACCAUGGAUACGGCUCUAAUGGUGGAAUAUUCCAAGGAGUUGAAGAAACUCCGAUCUCGAGUCGACUCCGCCUCCGUCACCUUCCAAGUCAACUUCUUAGAAUCCUGGACACGCCUCUUGGAGGCGCUCUCCUGCCUCCAUUACGUCACCACCUUCAUCUUCGUCGGCCAUGUCAGCCUCGCUAUCAUCGUCUACCUCCUCUUCACCGAUUUCUACUGGGUGUCUCUGAUCUACAUAGCCUGGCUGGCGUACGAUUGGAACACCCCUUGUAGAGGAUCGAGGUUGUGGAUGUGGGUCCGCCGAUGGGAGAUCUGGAAGCGAGGCCGAGAUUACUUUCCCGUCAACUUGGUCAAGACGGCCGAGUUGGAUCCAGCCAAGAACUACCUCAUGGGAUGCCACCCUCACGGCGUCCUUGUCUUCGGAGGUUUCUUUAACUUCGCCACUGAUGCGACUGGCCUGAGCACCGUGUUUCCGGGGAUGAAGGUGUUCCUUAUGACGUUGCAUCAGAUGUUCAAGAUGCCCGUCUUCAGGGAUUACUUCAUGCUCUCAGGUUCAACGAGUGUCCGUAAGGACAGCAUUGAGUGGCUUCUGAGCCAGAAUGGCGUGGGGAACGUCGGCGUUGUGGUCGUUGGGGGCGCUCAAGAAGCACUGGACGCGCAUCCGGGAGUGCAUCGUCUCAGCAUCCAAGCCAGGAAAGGAUUCGUCAAGUUGGCUCUCGUACACGGCGCCGAUUUGGUCCCUGCCUACACGUUUGGUGAAAACAACGCCUACGACCAAAUCGCCAAUGCUCCGGGGACGAGGUUGAGACGCUUUCAGAAUUUCAUGACGCAGAUUUGUGGCUUCAGUCCGCCGCUCUUCUACGGACGAGGUUUCUCCAUACUGCCGUACAGAACGCCCAUAACGACAGUCGUGGGACAACCAAUCACGGUGGAGAAAACACCCAACCCGUCACGUGACCAGGUGGAAAGCAUGCACGCCCUCUACCUCAAGAAGUUGACCGAGCUGUUUGAGACUCACAAGACUAAACAUGGCGUGUCGCCAGAGCAACGCUUAGAAAUCGUCUGAAAAUAAAGGAAGUGACUUAUGGUUCACUGUUUAAUAAAAACAAAAAUCACCUUUCAGGUGGCGUGUAUAGGCCUACGUACAGUUUCACUUUCGGAAUAAAACUGACGUAAAACUUUUUUGAAGAAGAGUGAAGCCGCAAAUACACAGCUUUUGGCUUGCAUAAAGGUUGAAAAUGUUUUUGAGAGUGUACAAAAGUCAAAAGCUUUCAAUGCACACUGAUCAAUGCAAUUUAUAUUGGUAAUUGAGGGCCUACAAAAUGCAGUUUUUAUGACCAUAAAAAGCGCGAGCAACCAAGCAUUCAGUACCGUAACGACUUGGUAUCGAGAGGCGCUUUCGAGAAGUUAAACCUGGUCGAUCAAUGCAUGCUGAAAUGGACUGAAAUGUGUCUUUCGUUUUUCUCAGUGAAAAUAUAACCUUAAAGCCCUGUACAUGUAGCUGACUAUAACCAUUAGAAAGAGAAUUGGCCGUUAAAUAAGCUGGAAAAAUUAAGCUUAAACGAAGUGUUUGGUAUGGGAAAGAAGGGUAGGCCUUCACGGGUUGCAUUUUGUACAGUCGUGUUCUUUCUUUGUUCUUUCUGUUUAAUAGGACAUUUUCUUUCCGUUGUAGAUGCAGUGACAAUGCGAAAAGGAACGAUUUGUAACAAAUUUCGUAAACAACCUAUAUCAGUUACUGCUACUAAUUUUAAACUUGUAAACAAUUUUAUUGUAACAACGACGGAAAACCUUAUCGGUCGAAGCGGGUCGAGUGUUCAGCAUUGUGCCCAUAAUAUUUCGAGUUGUGGGAACGAUAACUGUGUUUACUUUGAUAGCCUAGAGUUCGAAGUUUCGUUUGCCGGCAUUUUUUUCUAGCGAGCUUUCUAGUAAACUUUAUUAACCGGUUGUACAAUAUAAAGUUUCUUAGUUUUUGUAUUCAAUAACAAAAUCCGGAACCAUCCAACGACGGUAUGGUACGCAGUAUGAAUGAUCUUCAGCGGUACCACUAGCUGGGUACCACUGUACCGAGAUAAUCCAACAGGACGUUGUGUGCAGUAUACAAGCAGCAGAAAAAAUUUACAAUCACAUUAUAGUAAUAGCCAUUACACAAUAUGUUUGCAUGUACAGUAUUCAUGGAAAAUAGUCUUCAACGUUUUCACACUUUCUUGAAGCCGAAGUUAGACUUCUGAUAAUGAUAAAUGCGAACAAGUAGCAUUUGAACAUGAGAAUAUUUUUUUCUCUCAACAAUUUCGUACCGUGAUUUUAACAGUCAACACUAGUUUUUGUUCGAUGUCAAGGUAUUUAUAAGCGGACAUUAAUAUGUACGGUGACUACAGGCCGAACUUUAUAUUGCACUUGUGUAGGAAAGUGGCAUCAUCCUUGGAGGUUAGGGGAGUACAUGUACCGCUGGUUAAGAAAACGGCAAGACAGUGGAAAGAAGUUAUAAAACAAUCAGUGGGGAAACAGUACUGCUCCGAGAAGUGCACAAAGUAUCAAAUCUAGCACAAUUACUUUUGUGUUAAUUGUUAGUAGUUACUCAAAUCGUCCAAGAAUACCAAAAUUGCUCAGUACCGUUGUAUGUUAACACUGUACAUGUACACAACUUUAUUGAUAAAAAAACAUUAAUCUGAAUAUAUACACAAAAAAUAUGUACAUUUAAGCUUUAGUUUCACAAACACCUGUCUGUGUACGUUUGAGAGACUUUAUU